UGACCAAUUCUAGAGUGCACGUUGAAAUCCGCUCCUUUUUCUGUGAUAAUAAAGCAAUAACUAUAAAUAAUGUGGUAAAAUAUAUUUGACAAUUCCCACAAUCACACGAUCCUGCCCGUGAGCAAUCUCCCAACUCAUCUCUGGGUGCGAUAGUGGCUUGACUCACAUAGUAUUCACCCGAAGACCAUUCGACACGUCGAGUUUGACGUAAACAUGGAUGGCCAAUUAUUGGAACCUACGUUGUACACAGUGAAGGGUAUGUUAAUACUCGAUAACGAUGGGAAUCGUAUAUUGGCAAAGUACUAUGAUAAAAAUGUUUUUCCAACGUCAAAAGAACAGAAAGCUUUUGAGAAGAAUCUAUUUAGUAAGACACACCGGGCCAAUGCAGAAAUUAUUAUGCUUGACGGUUUAACCUGUGUAUAUCGGAGCAAUGUUGACUUGUUCUUUUAUGUCAUGGGAAGCUCACAUGAAAACGAGCUGAUAUUGAUGACCGUAUUAAACUGCUUGUAUGACUCUGUUAGUCAGAUAUUAAGGAAAAAUGUAGAAAAGCGGGCAGUUUUAGAUAGUCUGGAUAUCGUUAUGCUGGCUUUUGAUGAAAUCUGUGAUGGAGGAAUUAUUUUGGACUCUGAUGCCACCAGUGUUGUUCAAAGGGUAGCAUUGCGAACUGAUGACAUACCUUUGGGAGAACAGACAGUAGCCCAGGUAUUACAGUCAGCAAAAGAACAACUUAAAUGGUCCCUCCUAAAAUGA